GCAGUACCGUCUAUAAGGAAGGAAAUAUAAACAUUCGAAAAUUACUAUCUUAAACUUUUUCUUUUGUAUAGUUUUAAUUAUUAUUUUGUAAAUAACAUGCUCAAAUAUUCAUAUUAAAUAUUUUUUUCCUCAAAUUAUUUUUCACGAAAUUUGUGUUACUAGUUACACUCUAUCAAUGUAUGAACUUUUUUAUUCAUAUAUAUUUAAUUACUCUCGUAUUUAAUAAUUUUGUUAUAAAAAAGGAAAAUAUUUUAGAAAUAAAUCCAUAUAUUGUCAUACCAAGAUAAAAAACAAAGUACGUAGAUAUACUAGGGAAUUUGAAUUUAUCACAAACCAGUUGAUCUUCUUUGCUUUAGUCGGUAGCCAUAAGAUACUGAUUCGGUUUCGAUUCCUUGUAAUUCGGUAUCGCGAAAAAAUCAUAUUGGAAUUAAUUUCGAGGAAAUCUUUGCAGUGAUCCAUUCCGUCCGAAUGGACUGCAGCCAUCGAAAAGAGAUCGACAUGCAUUAAAAAAAAAUACAGCUAACGAGAUAUUAGCUAAAGUAAUAGAGGAUUAAAAAUGCAAAAUUGGAAUCAAUGGCAAUUACCAACUGGUGCCAUUACUACUUCAAUGCCUCAACCACCAGUUGGUUAUACCAUGCCAGGAGCAGAUCCAAUGGCUAUGAUGCAAGCUUAUAUGCAAUACUAUAAUCAGCCAGCACCUAAUGGAUAUACAGCCGAACAAUGGGCCGCUGCUCAGCAACAAAAUUGGACGCAAUGGCAACAGUGGCAGCAACAGUAUCAACAAUGGCAAGCACAAUACGGAGAAAAGUAUCAAGAAACAAUGAAGCAAAUGUCAUCACAACAUUUAAAUUUAUCCGGUCAUGCACCACCAUUACCAACAAUGCCACCACUUCCAAAAGAGGAUUUUAAACCCCCUUUACCUCCGAGUUCUGUUAAUACAUAUCAAUUCACAAAUAUCCCUCCACCACAUCAAAACAAUCUUCCAUUAUUUCCUACUAAGCAGCCCGUAAGUAGCGCGUCUUUGCAAUUAAAUGUUCAUUCUUCCCAAAAUCCACCUCUGCCUCCACCGUUGCCUCUGGAGAGUGCUCAGAGUAAUGAUGGUAAUUCUCCUACAAAACGUAGUAGUAAUACUGUUAGUGAAUCUUGUAGUGCAAAAAAGUUAAAAAAUGAAGACGAAGAAUUAACUGAUGCUGAAAAAACAUUUGAUGCUCAGUUUAAGCAGUGGGAAGAACAGUUUAACGAUUGGAAGCAGCAAAAUAUAAAUCAUCCUGAUAAGACACAUUAUAAAAUAUAUGAAGCAAAAUGGACAUCUUGGCGUGAGAAACUUAUUGAACGUAGAGAAAUGAUGCGCAAGAAACGUGAACAACAGAAACAAAUGACUGCUAAAGCAGAUACUGAAAAAACAAAGAAUCUACCUGGAGGAGACAAGAUAAUGAAUAUUUUAUCAAGUACAGAAAAUCAAGGAUUAAUUAACAAUCUUUUAGGCAUCGGGAAAACCCUUGGGUUAACAGGGAAACAAAAUACAGGAACACUUCCACCACCACCUCCUCCACCUCAGACCACAAGCAAUAUUUCAUCUACAACAAUGACACCUGCAAUAACUACACAGCAAUCAACAUCUCAACCUUUGAAUACGGAUACUGUAUCAUCUUGGAAUGCUCAACAAGCUGCUCAGUGGGCAGCUCAAUUUAAUUCUGGAAUGCAAAAUUAUAGCGGUUUUCAUAAUACUCCUGGAUCGAUCCAGCAGUCUUUUGGAGCACCAAUAAGUUCGAUACAUCCUCCAAAUUUCGCACUACCACCACCUAAUGUGCCAAAUGCAGGACCAAAUUUUUUACAACCACCACCAGGUUUUAAUAAUAAUAACAAUAGUAAUAAUAAUAAUAAUAAUAAUAAUAAUAAUAAUAAUGAUAGAAGACAACUACCGGACACAGGUGUGAGAUCAAUUUUACAGAACAGAUCCUCGUAUGGGUCAAGUGGAAAUAAUUUGAAUAUGUUUGGUGCUAAUGAAAAAGCAAGUUCAGACAUUAAUCGUUUUGGAUCCAAUGAUCCUUCAAAUUUAUCCGAUUAUUCUGGUAAUUUCGAUGCAACCGACAAUUCCACUAAUGAUCGGAUGAAUAAUAGAAAAGGAUCAUUAAGUAGCACUGGUUCGGAAUAUUUUAGGCGAGAAAUAGAUAAAAAUUUAUCCGAACACAAUCAAUUUAGAUCUGAUGGAUCAUUUAAUUAUGGUAACGUGAGAUUCAAUAGAGGAGAUGAAAAUUAUAAAUCGAUAGAUGAGACAGAUAUUGAUGGGAAAAAUUAUAAUAAACAAGAAGAAAGAAAUUUCAUGGAACAUAGUGGUAAUAAUCAACUAAAUGCACAAAAUAGUUUUAAUUCGAUUAAUAAUUUAAACAAUGAUUGUUUUAAUAUUAAUCGUUCUGGUCCAGGAUCGAGUGAUCGCUUUGGAUCUGGUGCUGGGGAUCGUUUUGGAAAUUCAAGUGAUCGUUAUAGCAGCGAUCGAUUUGGAUCAAGAGACAGAUUUGGAUUAAAUAAUACACGAUUUGGAUCUGUUAAUGAUAGAUUUGGUCCAAGUAAUAACCGAUUUGGACCACUUGAUCGUUUUGCCAAUAAUAACGAUCGUUUUGGUUCUAGAAAUGAAAGAUUUGGUCAGGGAAGUGGAUUAGAAUGCGAUAGAUUUGGACCAGGUUUUGAUCAUUUUAGUGUAUCAUCUAGCGAUAAUGCUGGCCCCGGAAACAAUAGAUUUGGAAGAAAUAUGGAUCAUUUUGAACAAAAUAAAGGAAUAGAUAAUGCAAGAGAUAAUAAUAAUUCUCGCAACUUUGAAAGAAAUAAUCAAAUUGAACCUAGCGAUGAAUUGGCACCGGAAUUGAAAAAACUUAUGGAAAAAAGAAGAGCUGCUAUAGAUGUAUUUAAGCCUAGUUUUCACGAUUCCGAUAAAACUGUUAAUGUUGGAUCUUUACGUGAGAGUUUUAAAAAAAUUGCUGGCGAUUCACCUUUCAUAUCGAAAAGUUCUACCGACUUUGGACAAAGGGAUUUUGGAGUAAGAGGAAUGGCAACCUUUAGUCCUCGAUUUAGUGGCAAUUUUGAACUUCCGAAUAAUCCUAGAUUAUUUGGACCUCGCGGCCCUAAUGAUUUUAAACCGCACGGCGGCGGAGGUUUUGACUUUCGAUUACGUGGUCAUGCUAAUUUUAGCCAACGUGACAAAUCUUUUGAUUCCCACGAUCCUAAUAGUCCAUUUAUUCGAGAACCCACUCCUAAUUUUUCUAAAUUUGAUAAAAAUCAAAGUAUGUUUGGUUCAGUAGAUGUCGAUCAACGAAUUGAGCAACAAUUUGACAGAGGAGAUCCUAAAUUACAACAAAUUAAAGAUAUACAGAAUUGUGGAUUGUCGAAUGAUAAUGUAUCUUUAAAUACAGAUAACAUAAUUACAGAGAAAAGACUAGAUAUUCCUGUUCAUAAAGAUGAAACAGAUAAUACAGUUAAAGCAAAAGAAGUAUCUCAGACAGAAAAAAUAGGGGAAGAAGAAUCGUCAAACAAUAUUGCGGAUACACAAUCAAACACUCAAGAAGAUAAAAGCACACGUUCGGAUGUAUUACCAUUAGAAAAGCUAUCUUGGAUGGAUGCAUCAUUUCCUGAUGUUAAUUUGUCUAAGAAAGAUGUUAAUGACACGGAAUGUAAUACUAAAUCGUCCUCAAAUUUGACCGUUCCUAUAGAAGAAAAUAAUGAAAAAAUCGACGAAAGAGUACAAGCAGAACAUCAGUCAGAUCAAAAAUUAGAAUCAAAUGCACCAGAUACAGAGCAAAUUAAUAAAACUGAAGUCUUACCUUUUAUGGGAGAGAAUGAUCCAAAACCGGAAGACUUAAACAUGGAACCUCCACCAGAAUUACCUAAUUUAGGUCCCAUAACGGAUGAUUUGAAUAACGAUAACAACACAUUUGCUAACAAUCCAAAAAUAAAAGAGCCUUUUGGUACAGAUCGUAAUUUUGUUGGGGAAUUAGAGCGAAAUUCUACAAAAUAUUUUGAUCCAAAAAAUGCGUUCAAUCCUAGAGGCCCUAACGAUGGAAGGUUUUUACAACAGCCUCCUCCUAAUAAUGGACAAUUUUCUUCAUUAGGACCAAAUGAUAUAGAAUUCAGGUCACGAGCAUCCAUUGGCGGACAAUUAAGUGUUAGAGGACUUAAUAAUAGAAAUUUUGGGCCGUGGAGAACGAAUGAAAUGCCAUGUGAUAAUAACAGAGGAUUUACAGAUACACAGUUUGGUCCUAAAGGACCUAUUGACAGAUUAUCUAGUAUUAUAAAUAUUAAUGAAAGAAAUUUCAAUAAUAGAAGAUCUAUGGAUGGAUCGUUUGAUCCUCAAUGUUCUAAUGACGGGUCUUUUCCUUCUGGACAAUUUUCACAUCACAAUCUACAAGAUAGAAUGCUUGGUCCUCGAAAUUUAGUAGAAAGACAUUUCGACAUACGUAAUACGGGAUUAAAUACUAAACCAUUUGGACCUCGUGGUGGACCAUUUGAAAGUCCUUUCGAAUCUCAAGGUAUAAAUAAUGAAGCGAGUACACGUAAUUAUAACAACAGAUUAUGUAGCAAUAGAUCACCCUUUGGCAAUAAACCUUCUGGUGCAUUUGAUGGUGCACUUGAUAGUGGUAAUAAUGAUAUUUAUCAAGACAAAUUUAAUGAAAAUUAUUUAGAUAGGAAACUCGAUCUAGGUAUUACUGAUACUGGAAGUAGUAUAGGAUCAAAGUUAAAUUCUGAAUUGGGUAAAAUGAAUAAAUCUGAUUGUAAAACGUUUUUUCAAAGCAAUUUUAGUGACACUGCUUCUAGGUCACAAUACGGACCUGAUUGCCCUAUUAAUCUUCCAUCUCACGAAUUCAAAACUAACAUUCUUAGUCAAAUUUCUCCGUUCGAUAAGAAGAUCGUAGAAAAAUCUGGUAUUGAUUCAAAUAUCGUUGGAGAUUCUAGAAUUGGUUAUGGAGAAAUUUCUGCUGGAUUAGAUUACAAGUAUAAUAAUUCUCCUGCUUUUAUGAAACGACCUAUCGAUAAUCCUCAAUCUUAUAUGAGAGGUGCACCUAAUAAAGAAUUCUGUAUAGAGAGACAAUUUAAUUAUAACCAUGGCGGUGCUACAAAAGAUAAAAAAUAUACUGAGCAUGUACCUGUUAAAGUAAUCGAUUAUGCUCAUGCUCCUCGCACCAUAAUGCAAGAACAUCUAACACCUGUUCAAUGUUUUGAUUAUGGACAUGGAAAAUUAAAACCUGUCGUACCAGAUCAUGAAUUGUUGCCGAAAAGAGACUUUAGAAAUUGGGAAGAAAGCGAACAGAACUUGAAAGAAUAUGUAGAAAAAAUGAAAACAUAUGAAAAUUCAAUGGUGAUAAAACACGAACAUAGACGAAAGACAAAAUUAAAUGAGUCGAAAGAAAGCGAUUGGACUGCUAAUAUUAGAAAAUAUGAACGAGAAAAGAGAAAUGCAAAUGACAAGAAAGAAAGGGAGUGCUCUCAAGAAGAAAGAAUUUAUCCUAAUGUUUCGGAUAAGGAAAGAGAUGAAUCCAAAAGAAUUCAAAGUGAUAAAAUUAAUGAUAAAGAUAGAGGCCAUGAGAGAUGCGAACGGGUUCAAACAGAUAUAAGCAAAGAAAAUGACAGAGAGAAUGACAGAUCAAAAGGACGUACUAACUGGCAGGAGAAUUCAAACAAGAACACCAUAGAGACUAAAUCAUCAAAUACCAGCUUUACAGAUAAACAGCAAAAUGUAUCAGAAUUACCAUCCAAGACUUUGGAACUGGCGAAAACGGCAAACUGUACAAUGGUGGAUGAUCUACUGUGUCCUCCAGGUCGUCAAAAUAGACCAUCUAAAAUAGCAAUUAUUUUAAGGGGUCCCCCUGGUAGUGGCAAGUCAUUUGUAGCCAAACUAAUUAAGGACAAGGAAGUUGAACAAGGAGGCUCUGCUCCGAGAAUAUUAAGCCUUGAUGAUUAUUUCCUCGUUGAAAAGGAAAUAGAAACAAAAGAUGACAAUGGGAAGAAAAUAAUAGCGAAGGAAAUGGUUUACGAAUAUGAAGACGCAAUGGAACCAAGUUACAUAGUGUCGCUUGUGAAAGCUUUUAAAAAAAAUAUUACCGAUGGCUUUUUCAAUUUUAUUAUAUUAGAUUGUAUUAAUGAAAAAAUAUCGGACUACGAAGACAUGUGGAGCUUUGCAAAAAGUAAAGGGUUUAAGGUAUAUGUAUGCGAAAUGGAAAUGGAUGUACAAAUCUGUUUAAAAAGAAAUAUUCAUAAUCGAUCGGAGGAUGAAAUUAAUAGAAUUGUGGAUUAUUUUGAACCUACGCCUAGUUAUCAUCAAAAAUUAGAUGUAAAUUCGAUGUUACAAGAACAAGCAAUCGAAGAAGUACAAAUGGAAGAUAGUCAAGAAAUUUCAGAUAAAGUGUUACAACCAAAUGAAGAAAGUCAAGAUAGUCAGGACGAUGCUCCAGAAAUGAUUGGUAUUAGUAAAUGGGAAAGAAUGGAAGCAGAAGAUAAAUUAGAUCGCUUAGAUGGUUUAGCGAGAAAAAAGAAUGAGAGUAAACCACAAACGAUGGAAGAUUUUUUACAAGUUCCCGAUUAUUAUAAUAUGGAAGAUACAUCUGGAAAAAAGAGGGUGAGAUGGGCAGAUUUGGAGGAACGUAAACAACAAGAAAAAAUGCGAGCUGUUGGUUUUGUUGUUGGUCAUACUAAUUGGGAUCGUAUGAUGGAUCCUACAAAAGGUGGAAGUGCUCUAACGCGUACUAAGUAUAUAUGACACUAAGUUAUUUUUAAAAUAUUGGACAUAACAAUAGAAAAUGAAACAAAUAACAUAAGAAAGAAAAAUAAGGCGCUGCAUUCAUUAAUAAUCAUAAAUUUUGUUCUUUUCUUUUGUUUAUAUUUAAUAACGUAAUAUGAAUUAUUAUUAUCGUUAUUUAAGAAGAAAGAAAACCGUUUUAGUUUUAAACAUUAAUUACAUUGUUCAAAUAUUCUAAUACUCUAAUAUCUGCUUAUCGUUAAUUCAACAAUUGCUGUCCAAAAAAUUGUGAACUGUAUGAUCGUUAAGAUAAUAUUGACAAGUAAGAAGAUAUUAAUGCUACCAAAUUAUUAUUAUUACGUUAUCUAAAACAGUGCAUUUUAAGUGUAAUAAUUAAAAAAAAGAUAGAUUUGUUUA